AUAAAUAGCCAAUGAAAUCGAAAAGGAAAUUCCGUUGAAUUUUACGAUGCCUUCAUGUCGGCCAUUAUAUUCCAAAACAUAGGCCGUAAAUAAAAAAAAAUGACCAGCCAUCGAAUUGGAGUAAAUCUUAGGGUCUCGGGUAAUUGCGACCAGGGCGCUAGAAAGUAUAUGGAAGAUAAUCAUGUUAUCAAAUUCUUAAAGAAGGACACAGACGAUUAUGAAUUCGCAUACUUUGGUAUAUUUGAUGGACAUGGCGGACCUGAAGCAUCAGCUUUUUGUCGAGAUCACCUUCUUAAUGAAAUAACAAAAUAUGAUGGAUUCUGGACUGACGACGACGAGCAAGUGCUAUCUGCCAUUAGAAAAGGAUUUUUGGACACCCAUCAAGCUAUGUGGAAUGUUCUUGAUACUUGGCCCAAGACAGUGACUGGACUGCCAAGUACUGCAGGCACUACAGCAACAAUCGCUAUUAUUAAACAAGGAAAGCUUUAUACUGGACAUGUUGGGGAUUCAGCACUUGUAUUAGGAGAAAAUGAUCCUUAUGGUGGAAAUCCUGUUCAGGCUAUUUGUAUAACAAAGGAGCACAAGCCUGAUGAUCCAGAUGAGCGUUUACGAAUCGAAGAUGCUGGUGGUGAAGUAAUCAACAAAAGUGGUGUACCUCGUGUUGUUUGGAGUCGUCCGAAGACCAAUCAUAAAGGGCCUGUCAGGAGAAGCACUCAGAUAGAUCAGAUUCCUUUUUUGGCUGUAGCAAGAUCACUAGGUGAUCUAUGGAGUUAUGAUUUCUUGACGGAGACUUAUGUAGUCUCUCCGGAACCUGAUGUAUCUGUUCUGAAAAUGGAUCCUACUAAACACCGCUGCCUUAUCUUAGCUUCUGAUGGUUUGUGGAACAUGUUGACUCCUGAGGAAUCUGUCAACAUGGUCAUGGACUUAGAGGCACAAUUUGAGGACAAAAUCAUCCAUGAUCCAAAUGUAGCUGUCAGUUUCUGGAGUAACCCUGCAGAAAGAUUGGUGUCUAGGGCUCUUAAUAAAUGGAGGUCUAAAGCUUUGAAAGCUGACAACACAUCCUGUGUGGUAGUCCUAAUAGACCCACUUGGUCCUUCCAAAUUAACUCUCUUGAAACGCAAGAGACAAGAGUUGCUGUCAGGAGGGGAGAUAACCAACUGUCAAUUAAUCAAAGUACCAGCAGACAUGGAAGCCAAUCUCAAGACGAGAAACAAAAAUGCCAACUGCAGUUUAAGUGAUAGCCAUGUUCGAGUCACGGAUGAUUCUAUCAUACAACCUGCUUCGCGCAACGAUCACCAUUUUCUACGCCAUUCAAUGCCCUUUGGCGUGCGGUCGAGUUCCAGAGAUGACAGUUGCAAUGAAAGUAUUAACGACAGUGUACAGUAUAUCCCCAAGCCUACAGUGUUGUGUCAUCCGCGGCAUGCAAAGCCCUUUGAAAUUAAUGACAAUAAGAAAAUGGAUCUUAAUUCAGGGGGUGACCUUGACAUAGAGAAGCCUAUUCCCCAGCCUCCUCCCUGCACGCCUUGUUCAGACGUGAAAGAACUAGAUGAGAGUGGGGAUGAGAACUCUCUUCAGAGCUCGACAGAUGUUACUGAUAAGGCAUUUUCAUUGGCAUCUGAUGAAAGCAUUGAGUCUCCAAGUUCAUCAUUUGAUGAAGCUAACCGUCCACCUACGCCACAGAGUGCACCAGCUAAAUUGUCUUCAGCCAGGAAUAGAAGAUCGCACAUUUCUAAAAGUACGCAAAGGAAGCUGGCUAAAAGUGGCAGGCUUUUGCAAUAUCCACCCAAGUCACUGGCUCAUUCAAGAUCUAAAGUUUUAACAUCUGACUCGCCGAUGAAAAUAAGUUUAGCCAAAGCUGAAAAUCAUAGUAAAAGCACUAGAUCAUCUGUUAAACAAGCUUCAGGCUCUGUGGGUAAAAAUGAAAUCACCAGAACUGCAGAGCGAGCUUAUGUUAUAUCAGCCAAAAACAAUACCACAGCAACUUGUGUUGAUACUCCCCCUAGGAGGGUGUUAAAUACUUCCAAAAGCAUGAACGAUGUGACCACACCUAGAAAUCAAAAGGAAGUGUCUCGGGCUAUUUCUUGCACUGGUUUAACCCCAGAUAUGAACAUGCUUUUAACCAAUAAAAACCAAACCACUUUAAACAACACUCGUGAUGCUUGCACUGGUAGUGAUGAUCUAACUGGUCAACUCUUUUCCUCUUUGAUGGUAGUGAAUGUUCGAGGUCCUUCCAGAAACAAUGCCAGCCUAAUCAUAGAUGGCCUGGAAGGACCCAGUGAACCCUUGAAACAGCUGAACAAAACAGGGCCCUUGAAAAAGAGUGGCUCGAAGAGAUGGGGAAAUUUCCUGAGGGCGUCCAAACUGAGCAUCGAUCACAUGUUUAAUUUAAAUAACAAAAAAGAUCAUGGUCCUUGCAAGUUAACCAGUACGUCAACAGGUAAACUAGAGCGGAGUAUAUCCAAGGUUGUUACUAGCAAAACUAGCUCAAUGUCCACGUCCAAACUAUCAGAGUAUGCUCACCUCCCAGAUAUCACUGUUAGUCAUUUAGCUGACUUGACUGUUGAUGCUUCCACCCUCACUGCUGCAGACUAUACCACCUUGUCUGCCCUCUCUGAAGAUGACAGUGUUUUGUCUGUCACGGACUUGACUACUGCUCAUCAAAGUAUGCUGGAGGAUGGCGUGCAGGGAAAGGUUCUUAAACACAGAAAAGGAUUCCUUCAGAAAACAAGAGUUACACUUCGUCGUGCUCGCAAGGCAGCAAAGAAAGCGUUCUUCCCAGAGAAUCACAGGCUCUUCAACCAUAAGUCAUCAGGGUCCAAGCGGAAAAGUGAUGAGUUCCUACCAACACCAGACAUGAAACGAAGGCGACAGUUGGAGGCGGAAAAAGUGUAAAGUGCUAUAUUCUGUUGUGUUUAUGUGUGUAGGUCACAUUUUAAAAUAAUGAUGAGAUUAUUUUUAAAGGCAUUUUUUUUUUUAUUAGAAACAUUUUUUAUGAAAAAGCACUUAGCAUGGUAACCUAGUGACCUUUGAAGGUCAACAUAUGUGCAAUAUAAACAGAGCAGUAGUUUUCAUUGUAAUUUGAUCUUUUUUUUUUUUCUUUCUAAAACUAUUGAGUGUCUUUCACCUUUAUGGAAUAGAGUUGUCAAAAAUCCAUGUGGCUAGUAUAUUAAUGCAAUUGAUCUGUUUUUAGCUUUUUUUUUUAAAUUUUAAAUCUUGAUCACAAGAUGUGAGAUUAGACAUAAAGGUCAACUUUCUUACAGGAUCACUGAUCUUGUUUUAGUUUUGCCAUUUUUAUAUAAAAAAUAAUUCUUAAAAAAAAGAACAUUUGUAUAUUUAUACUUGUCUACUGUAUGUCUGUAGCUUCUGUGGCUUGUUCAAUGGUCAGCGCCAAAGUGAACAGCCAGUUCACUAAUAGGAAUGCUACAAAGUGCACAAUAUAAAACUGCAAUAACUGCUUUACAACUGAAUGCCUUUUGUAGAUUCAUUGUAUGUUAGAUAUUUAAUGCAAGAUAUAGUGUGUAUAUAGAAAUAUGUUAAUUUUGCACUAGAAACAUGUAAACUUUGAAUUUAAUACAAAUACCAUACAACUAUUAUUGAUUUAUGAUGAUACACUAUGCAAUGUUAUAAUUCGGUCAGAAUUUUUUUUAUACCUGGUAAUCUAUAAACUUGUUCUUUUGCCUCACUGCAAUCGAUUUCAUCUGCAUAAAAGUGUGUGUCUGUUUUAAUUUAUCAAAUAUUGAUUGCUGUAUAUAAAUGGAGCGUUUGAUUUCAGUAAUGGAUGUAAAAAAAAAGUGUACCUCCUUGUCUACAUAGAUGCUUUGUCUGUUGAAUUUCUCCUGGCAGCUAUGUGAAAAGAUAGAUAGUCUAUGCUACUCAUUUAAAUCGACCAUCUUUGGGAUCUGGAUAUGUUCUACAUCUAUAUAGAUUGCUCACUUGUUUAGUGUGGAAUUGUUUGAUUUUCACUGCGUGUAUUUUUUGUUCCUGAUUAUCAUUACAGAACCACAUUUCUGUUGAGUAGAUUAGGUCUCCCAAUUGUUUGACAUUUCACGAGCAGUUUUAAAUUUUCUACAUUUUCAAAUUUUCUACAUUUUCUUGCAAUAAAAUUCUCUGAUUUGAACAAGUCUUUUUUUUUUUUCAAAGACAAGCAAUAUAUGAAGUAUGGUAUAGUCCCAAUAUCUAAAACUCUGUUACUAUGUUUUUAUGUGUAAUAGUAUAAACAAUGUUUUCUAGCAGUUUUACACACUAUUAAAGAUCCCAUUGACCAUUCAAA